AUUCCUCCAGCUGGCCAUCGGAGAUGCGGUAGCUCUGGGCUCUGCGCGCCACUGUGGUUGCCGGAGGCCUGCCCUGUUGAUUUUGCAACGCCACCAGGCAGCCAUAUAAAUAAAUUAUUUUCUGGUGUGCCGAUGAGCAGAACUGAUGCUAUUGGCAGUAGAAGGAGGAGGAUUCUUCUCUGCUUCAGCUUCAGGAUAUAGUAAGGGCCUGACCCUUCUUCUCUUGGGUCAGAGGAGUGAGGACAAACCCAUGAGAGUUUCACCGUUGAACCAGUACCAGUUGGUAGACAAAGAAACUGACCCUGAGCUCCAGCUGGCUUCUGCCAAGAAUCGUCUUUACCAGGGGUGCGCCUCAUUUGUUUGCUUUGGUCGCACUUCUGGAGGUCUUGACACUAAAUCUCCUCUUAAAGUGGGUCCUGCCCAACAGCAUGAUGUUUCACUUGGGCUGCAGAGUUCUGACAAGGGAGAGGAUCGGGUUCCUACUCUUCAUCUUGAUGAUGGCACUGAUACAACAAUUGUUCUUAAAAGUAGCCUAAAAAAGCCACCAAAUAAUAAACCGGUUCCUGAUGAAGUGGUUAAUGAGCAGGAUGGACAAGGUGGGAAGGGUAGUGGCCCUCCUUGUCCAAUGGAGAGGAAGGUUCAGUGGACCGAUGCUUAUGGGAGUGAGCUGGUUGAUAUACGAGAAUUUGAACCCAGCCAAGCAGAUGAAUCAGAUGAUGAAUUUGAGAUUGGGAAUGAUAAAACGUGUUCGUGUGCGAUUAUGUAAAUUGGCUUUUGAUUAAAGAAUGAUUUUGGAUUCCAUGACGCGCCAGAUGAUUCACUGAUGACCUAUCUCACUAUUCAGCUCAAGGCAAAAGGAGGAAAUGUUAUUGAAUCUAAACGAGAUGGCCUAGAAGGGAAUUACCUGAUUCUUCAUUUGUGUCUAUAAUUUC